AUGUUAAAAUCACUUACAUGUCGAUUGUUUCGACAGCAGGAAGACGAAGCAAGCAGACGAUUAUUAGAUGAACGGAGUUUAGAUCAAUGGAAACAAGAACCCAUAGACAAGUAUAAAUUGGUAUAUUGGAUUUAUUUCUUGUAUGGAGUAGCCAUGCUAUUACCUUGGAAUGUGUUCAUUACUGCCUCUGAGUUUUUUGUAAAGCGAUUUGCAGAAACGCCUUAUCAAGAGACAUUUCAAAACUAUUUCUCGACGUAUUCGACAUUAACAAACUUUUUAACAUUUAUCAUUGUUUUAUGGCUUCAAAACAAGUCGUCCUUUAGAUUAAAUAGCUUCAUUCCAAUCUGCAUAAACACAGCUGUAUUUGCUGCCAUGGCAAUUACUGUCAAGGUGGAUUUUGAGGGAAUAGAUUAUUUUUGGUUUGUCAUGUUCUUUAUUGUCCUAACAGGUGGAACCACAAGUUUCUUCCAGAAUUCGGUAUUUAGUGAGGCUAGUCGGUUGCCUCCAGUGUAUGUGCAAGCAGUAGUCAGUGGUCAAGGUGUCGCCGGUGUCGUAGUUGCAAUAUCCUCUAUUGUUAGUGCACUUGCGGGUAGUGGUAAUCGUGUUCCUGAUGAAGCAUCUAUCACUCGCUCGGCAUUUUUGUAUUUCCUCUUUGCUCUUUUAAUCACUACAGCUGCUAUGAUCGGACGCAUUCUGGUGACCCAACUCCCGUUCUACGGCUACUACAUGAACUUGCAAGCUAGACAUGAUCAGGAGGUUGACCAACAGUCAGAAGAGGAACGUGCUGUGACUGUGAUUGACAUUGUACGCAAAUCAUACGGUUUGAUCUUUGCUGUUGCCUACGUAUUUGCCAUCACCCUGAUGCUCUUCCCUUCGCUUACUGCACUCAUCAAGUCGACAUAUCGACAAAAUGACAGUAUGAAGAACAGCAAUCGAUUUUUUGAUGAUGACAUCUUUGUUGCCUUUCAUUUUCUUUUAUUUAACAUUGGUGAUUGGGUUGGACGAACGCUACCUGUGUCUGAACGAUUCCAAGUAUUUCGAGCCAAGACGCUGAUCAAUCUAUCCUUGCUUCGUACAGUCUUUAUCCCUUUAUUCUUAGUGUGUAACGUGAUCGUAUCAGAGAAACGAAGGCUUCCCGUGUUGAUAUCCAAUGAUUUUGUUUAUUUCUUCCUUGUCUGGAUCUUUGCUGUCAGCAAUGGCUGGAUUGGUGGUUUAUGCAUGAUGGCGGCACCACAACAGGCAACCAUUAAAUCUGGAGCGGAGAAAUCAAUGGUGGGUAGUGUCAUGAGUUUUGCUCUUGUCCUUGGUUUAGCCAUCGGUGGUCUCUUGAGUUUUGCUAUCAGACAGAUUGUCUAG